AUAUGUGUGUGUGUAUGUCUCUGUUUGUGUGUGUAUAUGUGUGUGUGUGUGUGUGUGAGGUUUCAUAAACAUCAAACAAGCUUUAAUCCCACCAGUCUGUGUGAAGAUCUUUCAUUCGUCUCGUGUUAAAAAAAAAAGAUUAUUAGUAAAUCUAGUUUAGUUUCUGACUCAAGACAACAGAUGGAACAGAUAAUCAGCAGAGGGGAGAUCGGACUCAAUCUGAGCGCUGCAGCUCCGACCUGCGGUCAUCUGGAGAUGGUGGACUGGUUCCCACCUCAACAACAGCAGCAGUUCCUGAAUCUGACCAGCGGGGGGCGAGACACCAGAUCACACACUCACACUUCGUCCGUCCAUCCUCUAGUCCCUCUCCUCCUCUACAGCGACACGCACUUCCCUCCCUCCUCUCCGUACAGCCGGCCAAUCGGUGCACCCGCUGACCGGCAGGCCGACGCCCACUCCGACACGCGCGCCCGCGAUCACGCCAACGGCGUCACCAGCCGGCCGGCAGUGAAGAAGCCUCUGAACGCCUUCAUGCUCUACAUGAAGGAGACGAGACACAAAGUGCUGCAGGAGGGACGAGAGAGAGAGAGCGCCGCUGUUAACCGUAUCCUGGGACGCAAGUGGCACGCUCUGUCGCGCUCCGAACAGUCCAAAUACUACGAUCUGGCCCAGAAGGAGAGACUGCUCCACACACAGCUUUACCCUGGAUGGUCCGCCCGGGAAAACUACGGGAAGAGGAAGAGGAAGAGGAGCCAGCAGCCGACAGGAAGCUGCCCCACGUCGGGUUGAAAGACGAACGAAAUAAAAGCCUCUAUGGAAGCAAAUAA